UGUGCAGGUUUCGGACGGCUCCGUCCCUGUGGCGUGACCAUCAUGGCGGCGACGUACGUGGAGAUCCUGAGGAGCGAGUUUCCUGACAUCGACUCGGAGUUGUUCGACUACAUCACAGGCGUGUUGGACGGCUGCGGGGCCGACUUCGAGGAUGGCGAGGAGGUGUUUGAGGCCGUGGGCGGCGUCCUACAGGAGGUGUCGGCUGACAGUAAAAACGAGGACGACGUCCGAGACAUUUGCCUGCAGAUGUUCAACACGCUGCAGCUGAGUCGCUGUCCUGCCUCCCAGCGUCAGGUGUUGCUGGAUGCGCCGGUGCAGCUUUCCCAGAUGUCCAUGGAUACGACCUCGGCCAACAAUGACGUUCAGGGCAUCUGGAUGAUGAAGCGUCCUCUGAACACGAUGGUGGACGCCAAGAAGCUGGAGAAGGCCGAGGCCAAGCUGAAAGCCAAACACGAGCGUCGCAACGAGAAGGACUCGCAGAAGACGUCCAGUCCGCUGUCGGUUUUUCUUCCGCCCGCGACUGUUUCUCUGUCCUGUCCGUCUGUGCUAUCAUGUCCGUCUGUCUGUCCUAUCGGUGUUGUCCUGUCUGUUUCACUUCUCUGUCCGUCUCACACUGUACUGUCUGCGCUUUCCAAUGUUUCUUACUGUCCUGUCCGAUUUUGCCGCUCUGUCUGCGGUGCCCUUAGUGUCCUUGAGGAAGCGUCGGCCAGUCAGGCCAGCAGUAAAAAAGAAGGACGAGCAGAGCAGGCGGGAAAGAACCGCAGCUACGACAUCCGCAUUGAGAACUUUGACGUGUCCUUCGGAGAGAGGUGUCUUCUUCAGGGCGCCGAGCUUUCUCUGGCGACGGGGCGGCGCUAUGGUCUGAUCGGCCGAAACGGUUUGGGCAAGACCACGCUGCUGAAGAUGUUGGCCAGCCGCAGCCUGCGCGUUCCGCCGCACAUCUCCAUCCUCCACGUGGAGCAGGAAGUGGCGGGUGACCACACGGCGGCGCUGCAGAGCGUCUUGGAGAGCGACAGGCUCAGAGAGGGCCUGCUUCGAGAAGAACGACAGCUCAACGCGCGCAUCGCCAACGGAACAGCUGAGGGGAUGGAGAGCGUCCGCCUGUCAGAAAUUUACUGCAAACUGGAGGAGAUCGAAGCUGACAAAGCCCCCGCGCGAGCCUCUAUCAUCUUGGCUGGUCUAGGAUUUUCUCCGAAAAUGCAACAGCAACCCACCAAAGAGUUUUCCGGAGGCUGGAGGAUGAGGUUGGCCUUAGCGAGAGCUCUCUUCGCUCGGCCUGACCUGCUGCUACUUGAUGAGCCGACCAACAUGUUGGACGUCAGCGCCAUCCUGUGGCUGGAGAACUACUUGCAGACGUGGCAGUCCACCAUUUUGGUAGUGUCCCACGACCGCAACUUCCUGAACGCGGUGGUGACGGACAUCGUACACCUGCACUCGCACAGGCUGGACAGUUACCGCGGCGACUACGAGAACUUUAUCAAAACCAAAGAAGAUCGACUCAAGAACCAACAGCGAGAGUACGAAGCGCAGCUGCAGUACAGGCAACAUAUACAGGUGUUUAUUGACAGGUUUCGCUACAACGCCAAUAGAGCAGCUCAAGUGCAGAGCAAACUGAAAGUGCUGGAAAGACUGCCCGAACUGAAGCCCAUCGACAAAGAAACUCAGGUCACUUUAAGGUUUCCAGAGAAUUUUGAGAAGUUGUCUCCUCCCAUCCUGCAACUAGACGAGGUGGAUUUCUACUACACACCCGACCAGCACCUCUUCUCCGGACUCAACCUGUCCGCCGACCUCGAGUCUCGCGUCUGCAUCGUGGGUCAAAACGGUGCCGGGAAGAGUACGGUCCUCAAGCUUCUGAUGGGCGAGCUAACGGCGAUCAGCGGAGUGCGCCAAGCUCACAGGAAUCUGAAGAUAGGCUACUUCAGCCAGCACCACGUGGACCAGCUGGACCUGAACGUUUGCGCCGUGGAGCUACUGCUCAACAAGUUCCCCGGUCGGACGGAGGAGGAGUACCGCCACCAGCUGGGGGGUUAUGGCAUCACAGGAGAGCUGGCCACCAGGCCCGUCGCCAGCCUGUCGGGAGGGCAAAAGAGUCGGGUGGCCUUCGCCCAGAUGACCAUGUCCUGCCCAAACUUCUACAUCCUGGACGAGCCCACCAACCACCUGGACAUGGAGACGAUCGAGGCUCUGGCCAACGCCCUCAACAAGUUCAAAGGCGGCGUGAUCCUGGUGUCGCACGACGAGCGUCUCAUCCGUCUGGUGUGUAAAGAGUUGUGGGUGUGCGAGGCCGGCAAAGUUUGUCGGCUGGACGGCGGCUUCGACCGAUACCGCGACGUCCUGUACGAGCAGUUCAAGAAGGAGGGCUACCUGUGAGAAGGCUGCCUCGCCGCGCCCGCCGCUCAUCCGAACCGCCCGCCGCCGCCUCCCGUGAGAAAGGACCGACCGUGUGACUUCCUGGUUUCCAGAGGGGGAGGGGCCGAAGGGGUCCAGUAUUGAUUUUUUUUUUUUGGGGUUCAUUUUAGCGCUCAGAUGUUCUAUUUACUAACAAAAUAAAUGUCUCACAUCAUGUGACCACCUCCAUUGCGUCGCA